ACCUUCGUCGGCCCCACGACGGACAGGAAGGCGGCGAGCGUGAGGAGCCAGCGGCGCGGUUCUCCCGUGGAAGUGGACCCAAACAUGGUGGAAACAUCAGCAGGGUCCAUCAUCUCAUCUUGUCGAGCUCCACACUAGAAACCUUGUCUCGUCCCAAAGUCCGCCCCUGGUUAAAUCCCAAAGUCCGCCGCUGGUUAAAUCCCAAAGUCCGAAGGCGAAGAAGGAAAGUCCGGUGUUGUGCCGAAUUAUGAAACCGGCGGUGAAAAAAGUUGAAUCCACUUGGGGACUUUUUUUUGUGUUCCGUCACAGUGCGCGAAAACUCCUCCACUCCUACUCCUCCUCCUCCUCCUCCUCCUCCUUUCUUCUUCUCUCCUCCUUCACGCAGGAUUCAAAUUCCACAAGUCAGCUUCUUUACCACCAAGAAGAAGAGAAAGAAAAGAAGAAGAGGAAGCUGCUAAUUGUCAUAAUUUUUCAGCUGUUUUAAUUGCCAGAAAGAAAACCGGAAGUAGAAAGCAAAAAGCAUUGGUAAUGAAAUAUUGUACGACAUCAUUUUUAUUUUUAUUUAUUUUUGUCCUGUCCAGCUUCUCAGCAUCAGAUGUUCUGGCCUUCAUUUGAGUUGGUGUACUUUGGACCCGAGCAGCCAUGAACACAGCCGGUGGCGUUCAUCAAGGCUACCUCAGGAAAUACGGUGGCUUCAUGUUCAAGCAGUGGAAGGACAAGUACGUAGUUCUCACCGUGGAAGGCAGCUUGCUGGUGUGCCGCCAUGCCGAGUCUCCGCCUGACCAGGUGGUGGAGCUGCAGAGCCACUGCGAGUCCGUGGUGGAGGGCCGCGAGAUCCUGGACCUGCCCCGGCUUCCCGCGGGGGCCCGCAGGGACUGCUGCUUCGCCCUGGUCUUGCAGAACAGCAAGUUCCUGCUGCUGCUCACCGACAACCCCGACGACUGCACGCUGUGGCUGAAGCUGCUCAGGAAAGUCAGAGAGGGCGUCAUGUCGCCUGCCAGCCUGCAGAGGCAGCGCAGCGUCACCCGCUGCAUCAGCGACAGAGACCCCCUGCCCGACUCCCCCGGCGACAAGGACCCCGGGUCACCCAGGGUCAGCGAGGGCACCCCGCCGUCCGCCCACGUCACCGAACGCGGCGGAUCUUUCAGAGACGGAGGUGGAGUGCGGCGGUCUCUGCGUGGCGUGCCCGUGGUUCCCCCUCACCGCGUGUCGGACUGCCUUCGCCACGGCAACAGCAGCGACGCCCGGGCGGUGCGGGCGGUGUGUCUGCUGAUGGGGGGAGCGGCGGCCUCCUCCGCCCUGGGCUACCUCCAGUCCUGCUCACCGUCCUCCCCGCUGGCCAGCCGGGCGCCGGAGUUGCCGCAUGAAUCGGGCGUCUUCUCCGAGGCGGCGGCGGGGGGGUCGUGCCACGCCUGCGGCCAGGACGCCGACGCCCACACGGACUUCAACAGCUUCGACUUUGAGGGCGACUCCGACUUUGACUUCGACUGCGGGGGCUUCGCCUUUUAAAGAAGGAGGCUGCACCUGGAAGACGUGAGGCCAGUAGUUGUGAGGAUGAAGAAGGCGUCGUCUUCCUGGCCAGGUGCGAACACUCGUCAGAUGUACUUCUGUCCUGCCAGCAGGAAACUCCCAUGGCUUGGUUGUCACAUUUCUUCCUCCACAAUAAUACACAUUGGAACCUCCAAAAACGGAACAUCUACUUUGGUUUUUGCAGCUUUUUUUUUUACUGUCAUCGCUUUUAUUUUGACGGUACAAUUCUGGCGACAGAAGUUCCAGUUUUGUACUGUAAAAUCUAUUUAAAUUUUUACAAUGCACUACUUUUAUUGGGAAAAACACGAGUGGUUAUUUUUACAGUAAAAGUAGUUUUACUGUAAAAUUUUGGCCAACAAGCUGCCAGAUGGUUUUAUUUUACUGUGGCGAGUGAUUUUACGGUCAAUGUAUUAUUAGUGUGAAAUACAAAUUGAGAGGGAGGAACAAACACUUGAAGAAAUAAAUUGAAAUGUACAAAUGAAUGUUCCAUGUCAUCUAAAGUGAAAACCAAGCCCACAAAGGCGUUUUAUUCUCGUAUUAAGUCGACACUUACAUUCUGGACCAUUCUACAUGUUUCUGGAAUUAAAUCUAAUUAAAAAUGUUUUCACUGCGUUUAAGUCAUCUUGAUUUUACAAGAAAGUUUUGAUAUAUACAUAUAUAUAUACACAUAUACAUACACAUACAUAAAUAUGUAUAUAUAUAUACAUAUACAUACAUACAUACAUACAUAGAUAAAUACACACACACACGUAUAUAUACAUACACAUAUACAUACAUAAAUAUUAGGGCUGCGAAUCUUUGGGUGUCCCAUGAUUCGAUUCAAUAUCGAUUCUCGGGGUCAGGAUUCGAUUCAAAAUCGAUUUUUUUUCAAUUCAACACGAUUCUCGAUUCAAAAACGAUUUUUCCCCAAUUUAAAAGGAUUCUGUAUUCAUUCAAUACAUAGGAUUUCAGCAGGAUCUACCCCAGUCUGCUGACAUGCUAGCAGAGUAGUAGAUUUAAAAAAAAAAAAAAGCUUUUAUAAUUGUAAAGGACAAUGUUUUAUCAACUGAUUGCAAUAAUGUAAAUUUGUUUGAACUAUUAAACGAACCAAAAAUAUGACUUAUUUUAUCUUUGUGAUAACAUUGGACACAGUGUGUUGUCACGCUUAUGAGAUGCGAUGCAAGUGUAAGCCACUGUGACACUAUUGUUCUUUUUUAUUUUUAUAAAUGUCUAAUGAUAAUGUCAAUGAGGGAUUUUUAAUCACUGCUAUGCUGAAAUUAUAACAAUAUUGAUACUGUUGUUGAUAAUAUUCAUUUUUGUUUCACUACUUUUGGUUUGUUCUGUGUCCUGUUUGUGUCUCCUCUCAAUUGCUCUGUUUAUUGCAGUUCUGAGUGUUGCUGGGUCAGGUUUGGUUUUGGAAGUGGAUUGCAUUGUUAUGGUAUUGCUGUGUA